GGGAGGGACUCCACAGCACCACAGUGGCAGUCCAGGAGCAGCAUUGGAAUCUGCGAAUUGAAAUGAGUUUGGCGAAUUGCACGGUGGAUGUGCAGAGAUUCUAAUUCCCAUUAGCAAAUGGAGUUAAGUUUACUCUGUUUACAACGGAAGUUCAAAGGUAUUUGACAUUUGAUGACACGGCCUCUACAAACUAAAGCAAAGUGCCCAUGAGAAGAAAGAGCAAUUUACAUUCCUCUCCAUUUGAGCAGGAGCUGGUUGGGUCCGACUCUGCAGACUCGAGAAAUAAAGUUUACCGUUCUGCAAAUUGCUGAGACUCAGUGUGUUUCUGACAACGUGGGGGCUCGUCCGGGAUCCACACUCCGGCCGCGGUGGACACGAGGAAGGACAUCGGAGACGGUGCACCCCGCCGAGUUUGGCGGUCCCUGACUCGCUCGUCGCUCCGGCGCGGCUUGAGCGAGUUAUAUCCGGACAGCGCAGAGCGGUAAACGGGGGAGAAGGGGACAGUACCUGGUACUGGAAGUCCCCAGGACGCACCGGGUAAGUGCCUACUAUUAUAGUAGAAGGGUGCAGGAAUAAGUAAGGACGGAGAAGACCGGGAUAGCUACCCGGGGGUCCUCCUGAUAAAAGUCCUUGGGACGCACCGGGUAAAGUGCCUACUGUUGCAGUAGAAGGGUGCGGGAUUAAGUAAGAGCGGAAUAAGAUGGGAGGGGGUGGCUCUAAAAAGAAAGAGGAAACGGAAAGACCGGGACCAUACCUGGGGGUUCCUCCUGAUAGCCCCCUCGGUAGAAUGUUUGAGAAUUGGGGAUGUGGAAGACUAAAAGGGAAACAAAAAAAAAAUGAUACAGUACUGUUUAAUUUGGUCGAAACAGCCGAUAGAAAAACCUGCGGUCUGGUGGCCGCGGCUUGGGUCUGAGGAGGAUUGGGUACGACAAGCCUUAAACAUUUACGUUAAUUCAAAACCAAAUGUAAAACCGGAAGAAAUUGUUUAUGCUUUUUGUUGGGCUCCCUGGCCAGGAGUAACAACAAAGAGUUUUAAAUUGGGCAUUAAAGGGGAGCGGAAGUGGGACCCACUCGGUCAUUUACCCCCUCCCUAUGUCCAGCCUUCUGCGCCCCUUGCGGGAGCAGAGGAAGGACGUGAAGAAAGUGAAAAAACAGAAGAAAUAGACCCGGAGAGGGAAGAGAGGGAUGUUAGGGAAAAAGCAAAGGCAAGGAUCGAAACAAGGAGUGUGACAGGAGCAGAUAAGAAAAAGAAGGACGAAUCAAAAAGGGAAGAGGUAUCGAUGUAUCCCCUUCGAGAGGUUCCAAUGGGAGGAGCACGAGGAGGGACAGGAUUUGUAAACGUCCCUCUGACAAGUACCGAAGUAUGAGGAUUUAAGAAAGAUAUGAAAACUUUAUUAGAAGAUCCAAUGGGACUGGCAGAACAGUUGGAUCAAUUCUUAGGACCUAAUGUUUACACUUGGGAAGAAAUGCAUGCGAUUAUGGGAACGCUAUUUUCUGCACAAGAGAGGCAAAUGAUACAACAAGCUGCAAUAUCAAUUUGGGGAAGGGAACAGCCGAAUGAGUUACCGGGGGACUGGAAAUUUCCAGUAAACGACCCACAGUGGGACAAACAAGCAGAAGAGGGAAGACGCAAUAUGCGACAGUGGCGAGAGUACAUCAUUAAGGGAAUAAGGGAGGCUGUGCCAAAAGGUCACAACUUUGCCAAGGCGUUUGGAAACCACCAAGGGAAAGAUGAGAGCCCAACCGACUUCCUCGAUAGGGUGCGGAAAAAUGUGCAACAGUAUGCGGGGGUGGACCCUAAUUCGGCAGUAGGGGAACAAUUCAUACGAAUUGAAUUUGUAUCAAAAGCAUGGCAAGACAUCCGGAAGAAGCAACUCCGGUGGACCGUCUUGCCCCAAGGGUUCACGGAGUCCCCAAACCUAUUCGAACAGGUACUGGAGCAAGUAUUGGCUGGAUUCCAUUGUACCGAAAAGAACCAACUAUUACAGUAUGUCGAUGACCUACUACUAUCGGGACCAGCAGAGGAGGUAGUGCGAGACGAUACUAUAAGACUCCUGAAUUACCUAGGAGAAAAAGGAUUGCGGGUGUCCAAGAAGAAACUGCAAUUUGUCGAGAAGGAAAUAACAUAUCUCGGACACAGAGUCAGUAAAGGGCACCGCCAAAUAACCCCAGAAAGAAUAGCGGGAAUAACUAAAAUACCGCUUCCCAGGACAAAGAAGGAAAUAAGACAAUUUCUGGGCUUAGUGGGCUAUUGCCGGAUUUGGAUAGAGAAUUAUACCUCCCUGGUGAAGUUUAUGUACGACAAAUUGGCAAAGGAAGACCGGGGAAUAAUCAGCUGGACCGAAGAAGAAGAACAGAAGUUCAGGAAAAUAAAAGGGCAACUAAUUCGGGCCCCGGUAUUAACACUGCCAGCACUGGAAAAGCCCUUUCAGCUGUAUGCAACAAACAAUGAAGGAACUGCGUUAGGAGUACUAACCCAAGAAAAAGGAGGAAAGCGGCAACCUGUGGCCUUUUUAUCAAAAAUUUUAGACCCGGUAUCCCAGGGAUGGCCGACGUGCAUACAAGCCGUAGCGGCAGCAGCCGUACUAGUAGAAGAAGCACGGAAAUUAACCUUUGGGGGAAGAAUGACGGUGUAUACCCCGCACUCCGUUAGCACCCUCUUAGCCCAAAAAGCUCAGCGGUGGUUGACGGACUCUCGCAUACUGAAAUACGAAACCAUUCUGAUGGUCGGGGAUGAUUUAAGCUUUGAAAGGAACAAUGGUUGUAACCCGGCACAGUUCUUAUACGGGGAAUCAACAGGGGAGGAAACCGAGCAUAACUGCGUGGAGCUAACAGACCUUCAGACAAAAAGUAGGGAAGAUCUACAAGAAGUUCCCCUAAUUGAAGGCGAGGAACUAUAUAUCGACGGCUCCUCCAGAUGCAUCAAUGGGGUACGACACAGUGGAUAUGCUAUUAUAAACGGGAGGACUAAGGAGACGGUGGAGUCUGGCCGGCUCCCGGGUAAUUGGUCAGCCCAGUCUUGUGAACUAUAUGCCUUGCAGAGGGGACUGCAACUGUUAAGAAACAAAAUAGGCACUAUAUACACCAAUUCUAAGUAUGCCUAUGGAGUGGUACACACCUUCGGAAAGAUUUGGAAAGAACAGGGGUUGAUAACAGCCAGGGGAAGGGAAUUAGCUCACGAACAAAUGAUAAGCAUGACUCUGGAAGCCCUAACAUUACCUCAAGAAAUUGCAGUGGUUCACGUUCCAGGACAUCAACGAGGAACAGCCCCGGAAGCAAUAGGAAGAAGCCAAACGGGCAGCAAUGGAAAAAACGGUCCGACUUCUAACCCUGAUACCAAUAAGGGAAGGGCUUAACAAACUACCAGUCUUCACCCAAGUAGAAAUAGACGCUAUGAGCCAGCUGGGAGCCCGACAAACAUCAGAAGGCGAGUGGAAGACCCCCGACGGACGGCAAGUACUGAAUAAGGAAGUAACUCGUCAUAUACUGCAACAACUACAUCAACAAAGCCAUUGGGGAAUGCAAGCUAUGUGCGACACUAUCCUAAGGGACUAUGUUUGUAAAGGGAUAUUCACACUAGCUCAACAGGAGGUGUGGGGCUGUUACACCUGCCAAAAGGUAAACAAGAAAAUGAUGCGUGCCACCCAUAAGGGGGGACAAACACUAGCCGUCCGACCGUUCCAUCGGAUCCAAAUAGACUUUACGGAACUACCACAAGUUCAGAGA